AUGACCCUUUCACGGGCACAUUCAACGAAGUGACACAGCGCAAUUUGCACACAUAAGAGCUGUGGACGAAAGCCUGGGUAGAUCUCGUGCAUUUUGGCUGAGUUCAACAUGACUUCCACUGGCAGCGCGAUUGAUACUGACUGCAUAACGCUCACGCGUUUUGUGUUAGAAUCGCAGAGACAGUUUCCUCAAGCGACAGGCGACCUGACCCAACUUAUCAAUGCCAUUCUCACAGCCAUCAAGGCCAUUUCGUCAGCUGUGAGGAAAGCGGGAAUACAUCACCUGUAUGGGAUCUCGGGGACAGCCAAUGCCACGGGAGACCAGGUGAAAAAGCUGGAUGUCUUGUCCAAUGAUUUGUUCAUCAACAUGCUCAAGUCCUCUUACACAACCUGCCUCCUUGUCUCAGAGGAAAAUGAAACCGUUGUUGAAGUGGAAACUGAAAAACAGGGCAAGUACAUUGUGUGUUUUGACCCUCUGGAUGGCUCCUCCAACAUUGACUGCCUUGUCUCAAUCGGUUCCAUCUUUGGUAUUUACAGGAAGAAUGGAGAUGGGAUUCCCACAGUGAAGGAUGCCUUGAAACCAGGGACGGAGUUGUUGGCGGCAGGAUACGCCUUGUAUGGCAGCGCCACUAUGGUGGUCUUGUCCACAGGAAAUGGUGUCAAUGGCUUCAUGUAUGAUCCCGCCAUUGGAGAGUUCCUGUUGACAGAGAAGAACAUCAGGUGUAAACCUCGGGGCAAGAUUUACUCCCUCAAUGAAGGUUAUGAGAAGUUUUGGGAUGAACCAACACGAGAGUAUGUGAAGAGCAAGAAGUUCCCGGAGUCUGGCAAACCUUAUGGUGGCCGCUACAUCGGGUCUAUGGUAGCUGAUGUUCACAGAACUUGUAUCGGAGGAAUAUUCAUGUAUCCAUCUACCACGGAGGCACCGAAAAGGAAGUUGCGUCUGCUGUACGAGUGUAACCCAAUGGCCUUCAUCAUAGAGCAAGCAGGUGGGCUGGCUACAGACGGAAGACAAAGAAUUCUGGAAAUCCAGCCCAAGGAAAUCCAUGAGCGUAGUCCCAUCUACCUGGGCUCGAAGGAAGAUGUCGAAGACGUCAUCAACAUCUUUAAGAAACAUGCCAAAUAAUCAGUUGAAUGUUAAUUGUUUUCGUCUGCAUGUGGGACACGUACCGAGACAUCUAUUGAAUGGAAGGUUAUGGGUAUUUGAGAAUGUGAGGUGUCAAAAGUUUGCUUUGGAACAUUUAUAUAGUCUUUUUUUAUCUGUCUCUAUUAUCACUGUCACUUAUUAUGUACAUGCACACAUGUUCCAGGAAUUCCACAGAAUCGUUCACUAUGGUAUUUGCUCUCACUGCUCCCUGCACUUCUAACAAACCAUAUCAGAAUUAAAGUUUAUCAGCUUCCAUCAUGUAGUCAGCAUUUUACCUUGAUUCAAGGAUCACCCAAGUGUCCUUAGAAAAACAUGAAGGUACUGUAGAGGAAUGGAAUAGUGUAGUUAUAAUUAUUUUGUAAAUGAUUAAUUACAGGACCUUUCUAUUUUGGGACUAGUUUUUCUUUUUUGUGUUCUGACAAAGAAUUUUGUCAGAAAUAAACUAAAUGUAGGAUGACUGGCCUGAUGAAACAGCUUCAGUCUGCAAUUUAACCAUUACUCUCAGUCACAAGACAUUUAAAUUUCUAUCAGCAAGAGUUGACAGCAAUAGUCCCUAUAUCACUACAAUGCACUUAACAUGGUGCUAAUGGUGAUGUUUUGACCAGUGCACAAUGUUGGGACAUUCUUACCUCUAUAAUAGUCCAGCAUAUUCAAAAUGAGGAGGGUGUCCCCCAUCAUGAUAUUGCUGGAAUAUUGCUAAAAGCGGUGUAAAACCCAACUCACUCACUCACUCAAAAUGAUGAGUAAUGAGAUAACCUUGAGGCUGCAUAAUAAAACAUUAAGAGUGAUUACUGUGUUCAGUGCCAAUGUGGAGAGAUGGUUCUUCUGUGACCCUUCAGUCUUUCUCGUGUCAGACCAAGGCACACAUGCAUACAGGAAUGACUGACCAGUGUCGAUGUCUGCGAUGGCUGUUGGUGGUGUAUAUUGAGAAAUCCAUUGCCGCUUAGUAUUAAGAUCGUCAACAGUCAGCUGCUUUGUCAGCCAUGUUGAUUUAUCAAGGAAUGAUUCGUAUAUACUCAACAAAGAAAGUUAGGAAAUGUGAAACUGUAUGGGGUCAAUUUGUGACUCUGGCCUGCACUACAAAUCAAUAUCCAAAAUCUAUUCAUGAUCCUUAACUUUUUUUGUCUAGUAUAUUCCGCCUUUGAAAGAUGCUGCUGUCUACAACCAUUGUUUAUCACUAUCAGUCUUUAUGUGUUUAAUUUCACACAAUGUUAAUUGUUUUUGUUGUUCAAUCAGACUUGUUUUCAACAUAGUAUAUUUUGAUACUGUUAUAACUGAAGUUUCAUAUUUCUUAAUAUGAACAUAUUACACUAAGUGUUCACUGCUGUGUCGAAGAGGUUGGGGGAAAUUAUUUCAUCAAUCAUAUGGGUUCUCUGAAAUAUUAAAUUCGGCAUCAGUGUGCACCCUCUACAACCCCUAAUGUAGCCGGUAUUCUAUUUUCCAUUAUCAUCGGAUCAUAAAUGGACAUCACUGAUUCAAAGAUCUGAUUUAGAUAUACAUACCUAUUAAGGUGAAAUUACAAACAUCAAGAUAAGAUCAAGACAGUAAAAUGGCUGUUUGUUGUUCCCUGUCCAUUAAAUUGUUCUGUUAAAUGGACUAUGUCAAUGCAUAUAUCACAAGUUUCAGUGAUAGUGAUAACAUGUGGGACAUGACUUGUUGAUUUUCUUAUCAUUUGAAUACAUUGUUCAAUAAACAUUUCUAUUGCU